CUGCCUCUGGCGGUCAUCCGGAAUUCACAGAACGUCCAAUCUGGCAACCAAAAUACUUUCGGUUUCUGCUAAACGGCGCAGUGCCAUUAUUUGCUAUUAAAACGGAUCUCAUUGACAACAAAAGACUUGUUUUUAAGGUUUUUAAGACUGAAUGACAACCAAAAGAAGAUGGCAGCAGUCGAAGAUACUCCUCCAGAUGCCCCAAAGAAGCGCAGAAGUAGCAUUCUGGAACCGCCUACUUUGAGUUCGCUGAGAAUGAUCAUAUUUGGAAGCUCUGAUCAUCAUCAGUUCUCUCUCACCGAGUCGAUCCUGCAGAGAGCGGUCUUUAGCGGCGCUGAUCCUCACACUAUACUAACUACUAAAACUUCUGGAAGUGUCCUUGACAGAAAUGUGACUCUGGUCAACACUCCAAAUCUGAUUAAUCAUGAUUUAUUCCACUACACGUCAAAAAAAGAGGUGAAAAAGGCGGUUUGUUUCUCCUGUCCAGGGCCACACGCCAUCCUGUUUACGUUAAAUCCGUUAGACAUGCCGCCAAACGUGUACGACAUUUUCAAACCGAUAGUGAAGUACUUUGGAGAACAUAUCUUGAACAACACAAUGAUCGUUUUGUACCAUGAAGAAGAGCAUUGGAGGCCGUCGUUAGAAGACAGUGUGAAGAAGAAUAAGCACUUCAGGGAGCUUCUUGAGAAAUGUGGUCAAAGAUGUCUCGUCUUCAGUGGUAAGGAGAACAGGAAUGAGGAGAAUGUGACGAGGAAAUUGUUUGAGAAAAUAGACGAGAUGGUGGCGAAGCAUGGGAUUUUUUCCAACCUGGAGUUUAAAGAUGCUGAUAAACGAAUCAAGACCGAAGAAAAAAUCAUACAAAAUCAGAGAAGGAAGGAGGUCAGUGCAGUGUUGGAGGAACUGAAGAAGAAGCAUUCUCAGGAAGAUCCAGAAAGCGAAGUGAACCGUUAUGAAGAAAAGAUCCAGUUAGAGAACAGGGAAAAGGCAGAGGAGCAGAUCGCAGACAGACUCGGCUUUACGCUCAGACUUGUCGAUUAUGCAGCAGCGAUAGGAAAAGGAGCGUUUGCAGGGGCAGUGUUAGCAGUGGCGUUGGGGUUUCCGGGUAUGGCCAUAGGAGCAGCGGUUGGUGCAGCGCUCGGUGGUUUAUUAGGUGGUGCAGCUGGAGCAGUUCGUAACAUUAUUACUAAUGCUUUGGGGGAUUUUGGUAGAGAUGCAAGGUAAAGUGGAAUUCGCAGUUAAGUGUAGACUUCCACUUGUCAGCAAAUUCAGUGGUUCUUAAAUCUGUGGUUGUGGGUGAAAUAAUGAAUAAGGCAGGUCUAGGGUUGCAGGUCUAGUGUUGCAGCUCAUUGAUGUACUAAUUAUAAUAAGGGCUGACAACCAACACAUGAACAGAUCACGUUUUUCGGAAAUUGGUGGUAAAACCCUAAACCAUGUCAUUGCAUUCUUCCAUAAAUCCAUUGCUUAAUAUAUUGCACAGUAUUGCAUCGAUUUUGCGUUGUUGCUGCAUUUACAUAUCUUGAUGUUUUGUCACUAUAAUACCUAGCAUAUGUUACACAUAUAAACCAACCUGUCAAUCCUCACUGCAAGCAACCAAACAUGAUUUAUAGUUAGAAAUAGUAGCCCACCAUAGUGCCUAAGGUGGGAUAUGGAGGGAAUACAGGUGGAAAAAAAACUGUAGGAAAUGAGAAAACAGUGUAUAUUGCAUUACAUGCAAAAGCACCUCAGUCUGUAGGCCUAAAGAUCUGAAAGCAGAAUUAACAGAACGUCCAAGCCCAAAAAAAUAAAGAAAACAAAUGAAAGCCAGAGACAAGAAGGUUCUUGCCCUCUCUGUUGCUUAGGAAUGCGUAACAAGCACGCUUGGGCCACAUGAGGAUGCCGUGCUGAAAUAACAUUUAGGGACCUUCAGUAUGGUUGCAUCAGAGGACAAUUUGUUUAGCUCAGCUUAGGAGCUUUUGAAGGACUUGCUUUGAUGCACUGUCACUAUUCAUGAAAGAUCUGCCUUUGUGUUUCUUUAACCAUUUCCAUGUUGAUUUGGUUUGUUUGGCUCUUCUUGUUGAACAAGUGUUAACCUCCUGGCAGAUGCAACCAGUUUUUGAGGUGAAAUAUCCUGGUUACUUAUCAGAAUCGAUCUUUACAAGAGUUUAUGACCCAUCAACCGCAAAACAGCCUUGAAGCAUCGUUGAUUUUUACUUGUAUAUCGUGCCUUUUUUGUCUCCAAAUAUUCUGAUGGUAUUUAUGGGAAAAAAACCUUAAACUUUGUUCUCAUCUAACCACAACACACAAUGCCUGUUGGAGUUCUAAUGAUGCUUGGUUCUAAUACCCCGAGGAACAGGCUUGUACAGUAUCAAUUUUUCCCAUGCACAACAAGCAGUAAAAAAAAAAACAAAAAAAAACACAGUACAUUUUACAAUAUAAUCAUUUUAAAACCAGUUGUAUAAUGUCCACAUUGUCAGCAUUUUCUUUGCUGCUCAAAGUAUUUGACCUUUGGGCCCUUUUUUCCCUCUAUGUGGAGGGCCAGUGUGCUCAUGAGUCCUAGCAAAAUUUUCAACCAUUUUAGACAUGAACCUUUUUUUUUUUAAUGCAUGGCCCUAAUAGUAUUUUUAACUGGCUGCUUAACUGAUUUGCGCAGAUCAACAAUCAUCUGUUUCUGUUUAAAGUUUUUUCAUGGUAAUGGAUGACAAGCUUAUAUUUAUACCCCAUUGAAACAGCACCUGGUUAAAGGAACAGCAGAGUUCCUACAGGCUGAGAACAAAUUUU